UUUGCAUGUUUGUUUUUCUGCUCACUAAGCCUAGAAUGUUUCCCCGUAAUAUGGUCACUCAGCAACAGCUGGUAAAGCACUAAGAGAUAGAUGGUUUCCGGUGCAAUUUUACCGAUGUAUGGACGAUAUCUUAAUGGUGUUCCGCUUACACUUUCAGGACGGAAAAAGCUUAGGUUACGUGAAAAAUUUAUAUUAUUUUCGGUUUUUGGUACUUUUGGUGUUAUAUGUAUGGGGUCUUUAUAUUUUUUACCAGAAUUUCGUAGUGGUACUGGCAGCACAAUCCACACUGCUUACGAACAUAUUAAAGAUGCGAGUCAUGAUUUUCUAUUGCCCUCUCCGCCACACGAUGAGGUGAAUAAUUUGAAUGCUGUAAGACAUGGACAUGUAAAUAGAGUAGGAUUAGAUCCGCAUAGAUUUGAAGACAGAGUUAAAUUAAAUCAGAAAAUUCAAGAAGACAUUGAUAAAGAAAAAAAUGGAAAUAAUAUAGAGAGUGAAAAGGUAGAGAAGGAAUUGCCUACAAAUAAUCAUAUUGUACAGGUUAAAAUAGAAAAUAAAAAACAGUCAGAAUACAAGUAUGCUAAAAAUGUAGAUCUAAAUAAUCGGUAUAACAGUGAAUCUUUACCACUCAAAAUAAAGAUGGAAGAAGGUGAUAAAGGAAAUGUAAUAAAUGAAAGCCAUGGUAGAGAACCUACUGACCCUGUAAUGAGAGAAAGAAGAAAUAGAAUAAAAGAAAUGAUGAAACAUGCAUGGGAUAAUUAUGUUUACUAUGCAUUUGGUCAAAAUGAAUUAAGACCAAUUAGCAGGAGAGGCCAUUCUGCUGGAAUAUUUGGGAAGACAGCCAUGGGUGCUACUAUUGUGGAUGGCUUGGACACAUUGUUCCUUAUGGGAUUGAAGGAAGAUUACAAGAAAGCGCGAGACUGGAUUGAUGAACAUCUUGAUUUUGAUCAUGGAGUUAGAGGACAGCAUUUUGAGAUAUCAGUUUUUGAGACCAAUAUCAGAUUUGUUGGAGGCCUUUUGUCUUGCUAUGCAUUAACUAAUGAUGUG